UUUCUCUACACUGAUUGCUUUUACACCCAUAUAGGAUGUAAAAGCAAUCAUUUCUCUUUCUCUCUGUCUGCAUUCUUGCAACCAUUGAGAACUACUGAGUGAGCUGUGAUUGGUCAAAGCUUGUCACAUGGUACAAGGCUGUUAUUUCACAAGUGACAUCUUGCUUACUACUUUGCAUGUGAUCACUGAUUGGCCAAUUAGUGAUCACAUGAUCGGGACCUCGUACAGAGGUCCCAUC